AUGGACGUUGACACCAACGAUCCCCGCCUCGGCUCUCCCUCUGCCACCAACGGUGUGAAUGGCACUCACACGGAGAAGAGUCCGACCCCGCCCCCUCACCGGUCCAAUGGAAACACCGCGGAGGCCGACUCCUUCAAGCUGGCUGGAAACAAGUUUUUCAAGGAUGGCAACUAUGCCCGCGCCAUUGAGGAAUUUACCAAGGCUCUCGAGAUUAGCCCCAACUCGUCCGUCUACCUGUCCAACCGGGCUGCAGCAUACAUGGCGGCCAACCAAUAUCUCGCUGCUCUGGAGGACUGCGAACGGGCCUGCGAGCUCGACCCCACCAACACUAAGAUCAUGUACCGGUUGGCCCGUAUCCUGACCAGCUUGGGCCGUCCGACGGAGGCUCUUGAUGUGCUGUCUCGUAUCGAGCCCCCGGCCUCCGCUACUGACCGUGCGGCCGCAGAGAAGAUGCUCCGCUUCGUCAGCCAGGCGGAGGAGGCUCUUUCGCAGGACCGUGGUGUCUCAAUGGUGCUGUUCUGCCUCGACCAGGCCCGUCAGCUCCUCGGACAAGGCGUCAAGGAGCCCCGCAAGUGGACGCUGAUGACUGCAGAGGCCCAGUUGAAGAUGGGCAACGACAACUCGUACGGCAAGGCACAGGACAUUGCUAUUAGCAUGCUCCGCGUGAACAGCCAGGACCCUGAUGCGCUGAUGAUCCGCGCCCGGGCCUUCUACGGUAUGGGUGACACGGAGCAGGCGCUGAAGCUGCUGAAGAUGUGUCUGGGUCUGGAUCCGGAUAUGAAGGCGGCGAUCAAGCUGCUGCGGACCGUGCAGAAGCUGGUGCGCACCAAGGAAGAGGGUAACACGGCAUUCAAGGCCAAGGACUAUCGUCGCGCCAUCGACCUGUGGGGUGAGGCGCUGACGGUGGACCCGAAGAACAAGGACCAGAACGCCAAGAUCCUGCAGAACCGGGCGCAGGCCUACAUCAACCUGAAGGAGUACGACAGUGCAGUGGCAGACUGCAACGAGGCCCUGCGGCUGGACCCCGGGUACCUCAAAGCGCAGAAGAUGCGCGCCAAGGCGCACGGCGGUGCCGGCAAUUGGGAAGAAGCUGUGCGCGACUACAAGGCGGUGGCGGAGUCGAACCCGACCGAGAAGGGCAUCCAAGAGGAAAUCCGUCGGGCCGAGUUUGAGCUGAAGAAGGCGCAGCGCAAGGAUUACUACAAGAUCCUCGGAGUGUCCAAGGACGCGGGCGAGCAAGAGAUCAAGAAGGCGUACCGCAAGAUGGCGAUCCAGUACCACCCGGACAAGAACCGGGACGGGGAUGCGGGUGACGAGAAGUUCAAGGAGAUUGGUGAGGCGUACGAGACUUUGAGUGAUCCUCAGAAACGUGCUGCCUACGACAACGGCGAUGACCUGAUGGACCCAGCUGACAUGUUCUCGCACGGCGGCUUCGGCGGCAUGGGAGGCAUGGGCGGUAUGGGCGGAAUGGGCGGAAUGGGUGGUAUGGGCGGUAUGGGAGGAACCCAUAUCAACAUCGACCCCAGCGUGCUGUUCAACAUGAUGAACGGCGGCGGCGGAUUUGCGCACGCAGGAGGACAGCGCGGAGGAUUCCCCGGCGGAUUUCCCUUUUAG